GGGGGUGCAUUCUAUUUCGGACCACUCUCCCACACGCGGACAGUGGGUCAAAAGUCAUGUUGUGCGCAAAUGACUUCCAAGCUCGUGCAAUUUUCCCCGAUUACGAUAGAUCAGGAUCUAGGAAUAUGUUGAGCACGCUGUGCAGUCGUGUCAUUCUAUUGUUGUCUGGGGCGGAGAGAUGAAUUGUUGGCUGCUCCUGUGGUUUACGGCACUGUCCUGCCUUGGUAAAAGCGGCAGUGAUGAUACAAACACCGGAUUCACAGUCUGUCAGAAGAAAGACCAUGUUGUGUCCUGUCAAUAUCAAAACCUUUCCAAAGUGCCUGAUCUUCCAAUGCUGGAGACUGAAACAAUAGAUUUAUCCCAUAAUUCAAUCAAAGCAUUGACAGAAGAAUCACUGCUAAAUUUCACUUCACUGCAACACCUGGAUGUCUCCUACAAUCAACUGAAGACUAUAAUGUCAGGGGCUCUGGUGCAUUUGACUAACCUGAGAAUGCUCUUUUUGGCAAACAAUCAUCUAGGCCAAAGUUUUUCAUCCGGUCUUGAAACCUUUAGCCAAUUGAAGAAACUCAAAGUGCUAAAUCUGUCUGAGAAUUUUUUGGACAGUGACACGGUGUCUCAACAUCUGAAGAAUCUGUCUUCACUGGAAAAAAUACAUCUGUCAGGGAACCUAUUGAUGAAACUGACCCCUGAUAUGUUCUGUGGGAUGCAACUUUUGAAAUAUAUUUUCCUUGAAAAUAACUAUAUUACAGAAAUAACUGUAGGGUCUUUUGAGUGUUUGGCAAACUUGGUUGAGUUGAACUUGGCCAUGAAUUCACUUUCUUGCAUUUCGAAUUUUCAUCUUCCUAAGCUCCAAGUCUUGAACCUAAGCAGAAAUGGCAUUGAAUUCUUCAUGACAGAUGAGAACGAGGAUGAACAUCAUCUUCAAGUGCUUGAUCUGAGCCACAACAGGGUACCAACUUCACAAAGGCUGGAGAAGAGCAAUUUAUGGCUAGUAGCAGGAAUGCCUAAAAAUUAAGUCACAACCUGGUGAAGCUGCAAUAUAGGACUACAUCCAUGUUAAACUGCAGAAACAGUAUGUUAAAAGUGGACCCAACUGAUCCCUGAGGUAAUGGAUCAGAACAAACCUCAGCCAUCCUGCCUCAUUUAGCGGUGACUGUUGUUGGACAAUCAAGAACUAACUACAAGGGGAGUUUCCACAAACAUCUCCUUCCUCAAUGAAGUGAGAGCUGACAUGUCAAUGCGAAAGUUAAGGAUGACAUAUCUGCAAUCAUCUUCAGUCGGAAAUGCUGAAUGGAUGAGCCACCAGGCCCACUCAGCUCCUGACCUCAUCCUGCCUUGGCCCAAACAUUGACCAAAGAACUGAUCUUAAGGGAAAGUGAAGUAGACUGUCCUUGACAUCAAGGCAACAUAUGACCAAGUGUGGCUUUAAGGUGUCCUAGCAAAACUGGAGUCAGUAACAAUCAGAGGGAAUGUUCUCUGCUGAUUGGAGCCAUACCUAUCAUAAAAGAAGAUGGUUGUGGAUAUUGGAGAUUAGUCAUCUACGCUUCAGGACAUUGCUGUAGGAGUUCCUCGGGGUAGUGUUCUCAGGCUAACCCUCCAUUACAAGGUCAGAUGUGGGGCUGUUUGCCAAUGGUUUCACAGUGUUCCAAAUCAUUUGGAAAUCCACAGGUGCUGAAGCAGUUCAUGUCCCCAUGCAGCAAGUCCUGGAUAACAUUCAGGUUCAGCCUGAUAAGUGUCAAAUAACAUUGUAAUGAAAAAUCUGUCUAGCAGAUUAAGUUUAAACCCUAUUGAAAAAUUAUGUUCCUUGUUGCCCUCGGAAAUUGUAUUAGAAGGCCAUCUAUGAUUUUUGUUGUACAUUUUGAAUAUCGUCUUCAACUGCUUGUGCACUUGUUUAAUGGAAAGUCUUGUGUUACAAUGCUAAACCAAAUAAAACAUCUGAAUGUUGAUGUUAUAAGCUGGUACUCUGGGGCAAAUCUGAGCCCAACUUUGUCUUCUCCCAGGAAGAGUGGAAAUGGAUCUCGCUCUAGGAAGCAGGACCUUGGAAUCAUUUUCACAUGAUUUGAAACAAAUAAAGCACAAAAAUAAUGAGCUUUGAAAAUGAAAUUUAUAUAUGAUAUAGCUACUGUGAGAGUAUAUAAUGUUUGUAUGUGAUUAUAUGGGAUUGUGUGUUGUAUGUUUUAUAUUUAUAAAGACAAUGAAACUGUUAUGUCAGACAAGAUUCUUUUUACACAAGAUUUCUACUUGUUUAACCAGAUCAUUUAUUAAAAACAAACUUAAGUUAA